GCAACUUUCGUCAGCAUUCUCUACGCUUGCAGCCAUGCAGGCCGGUUUGACGAAGCUUACAUCCAGUUCGUCGCCAUGGAAAGCGACCACGGUGUGAGGCCGGUUGCCGAGCACUAUGGCUGCAUGGUGGAUCUGUUUGGGAGGCUGGGAUGGCUGGCGGAGGCCGAGCACGCCGCCAAGAAUGCGCCGAAGGGUGGCGAUAUUGUCUCGUGGAUGAGUGUUUUGGGAGCUUGUAAGAUCCACAGCGACGAUGUUCGAGCCAAGCAAGCGGCAGAGAAAGUCCUCCAGGUUUCCAGAGGUAGUCUUUCUAUAAACAACUAGCUCUGAAGAGAGGGAAAAACAAACGAAGCCGCCUCUUCCCCCUUUCUCUCUCUCUCUCUCUCUCUCUCGCUCUCGCUCCGGAAUGGGUACCAAAGUGGAUGCGCUUGCUUCUUCAAAGCUCAAGAUUGAAGUUGGCAAACAACUAUGGUUGGCGGUCCCGAUGAUCGGUGUGAACCUUGUGCAGUUCAGCCGGACUAUAGUGUCCGUAAUGUUCGUGGGUCAUUUGGGGGAGCUCGAGCUUUCCAGCGCUUCCAUCGCCUCUUCCUUCUGCGUCGUCACUGGCUACAGUCUCCUGAUGGGACUUGGAAGCGCUCUGGAAACACUGUGUGGACAGGCUUAUGGUGCCAAGCAGUACCACUUGCUGGGAGUGUACAUGCAGCGAGCAAUGAUCCUCCUCAACAUCGUUUGCUUGCCAAUCGCGGUGAUGUGGUAUAACAUGGAGCACGUACUGGUCUUCUUCAAGCAGGACCCUGAUAUAUCCAUGAAAGCUGGGAUAUAUGCUCGGUACAUGAUCCCUGGUUUGUUCGCACUGGCUUUCCUUCAGCCGCUGGUGAAGUUUUUGCAGUCGCAGAGCAAAGUCCUUCCCAUGUUUCUGUGCUCGGCGGCGGCAUCCAUCGUCCACGCGCUGCUCUGCUGGCUCUUCAUCUUCAAGUUGGGAAUGGGAAACGCCGGAGCAGCAGUGACCGUAAGCUUCUCUUACUGGCUUAAUGCUGUUCUCCUGGUGGCUGUUGUUGUAAUGACGCCUUCGGCCAGAGAGUGCUGGCAUGGAUUCUCCGCGCAGGCUUUCGAGGGCUUCAUCGAGUUUCUCAAGCUCGCCAUCCCGUCGGCAGUCAUGGUCUGCUUUGAGUGGUGGUCAUUUGAAGCUCUGGUCCUCCUGUCCGGGCUACUGCCAAAUCCGCAGCUGGACGCAUCCGUGUUUUCAAUCAUCCUGAACACGAUUGCGACAUGCUAUAUGAUACCCAGUGGGAUAGGUGCUGCGACAAGCACAAGAGUUGCCAACGAACUCGGGGCUGGGCGUGCUGCUCCAGCUCGCUUUGCAUUUCUCGUAUCCAUGGGACUUGCAGUGAUGGAUGCAGUUAUUAUCUCUCUAAUAAUCGUCUCGUUGCGCAACGUUCUCGGGAAAGCCUACAGUAACGAAGCAGAGGUGGUGGCAGAGGUUGCAGAAAUGGUUCCUCUACUUGCUGCUGUUAUCGUCAUGGACGCAUUGCAAGGCGUCACCUCAGGAGUAGCAAGGGGAUGCGGCUGGCAAGCACUCGCUGCAUUUGUAAACCUGGGGGCCUAUUACGCGGUUGGACUGCCAUUGGGGUGCACUCUGGCAUUCCACUUUGGACUCCAGGGAAAGGGGUUUUUGAUUGGUCUCCUGUGUGGAGUCACCCUUCAGGCGACAUUUCUCUUGCUUAUUUCUGUUUUGACAAACUGGACACAGAUGGCGGAAGCAGCCAUCAAAAGAGUGGAAGCUCAAGAAAUUAUGAGGUUGUUAGAAUAACUCUACUUUAUUGUUUUAGAAUUUGUGUAUAUUAGAAAAUCUAGAAGUUGUCUUCCAGAUUAAAACUGUUAAAAUUAUUUUUAAAUUAAAGUUAAAUAUAGUUAAUUUUCUUAA